AUGACCAGAGUGCAACUUCGCGAAAACCCACCCUCUGUAUAUGUUAUCUUAAAAGACUAUGCGAUCCCACCGAAACAGAUGAGUGGACGUAUCCCUUUGUCAUUGAGACCAAAUGGCCUACGCGUUCACUGGAUCACGAAGGCUCUGGGCUACCCUCCAGAAGAUUCCCACAAGCUUGUCGACAGUUGUCAUAUCUCGAAUAUUGAACAACUGGGCUCACUUGACAAUAUAAUUGUGGGCGGCAAAUUGACCAGCCUCUGA